AUGGCACCCGAAAUUACCCCAAACAUCUUUCUCACCACCACAGGUUCUCCGUCAGACCAGAAGACGACAAUCUUCUUCAUCUCCGGCAACCCGGGUCUGAUCGGCUACUACCACCCGUUCCUCUCUCUACUCUCAAAGUAUCUAGACGAGCCAAAAGACCAACAUUCACCAAGCUUACCAUCAUUUCAAAUCUACGGCUGUUCUCUCAGUGGCUUUGAAAUCGACGAACACCAGCCCUCACCGUCACAGAACAAUGGCAUCGAUCUCGAUCUUGAAGAUCAGAUCUGCUUUGUUCAGGGAAAGCUCGCUGCACUGGUGGGAGAUGAAGCCAACGGUAACGGUAAAUAUAAAAAUACCUUGAAUGCCGGAACCAGACAGAAAGUCAUCCUAAUCGGACACUCCGUUGGCGCAUAUAUCGCCAUGGAAAUUUUACGACGACACCGCGAGGAAAGCCCAGAAAGUGGCUUUGAUAUCGUCGGCGGAGCAAUGCUCUUCCCGACUGUCAAGGACAUCGCAGCAUCGCCUUCGGGACAGAAAUUGACGACUCUACUAUCAAUCAUUCCACGUCUUGCUGUGGUGGUUAGUUUCCUCGCCCGACUACUUACAUUCCUGCUCCCGGUAUCGCUUCUUCGAUCUGUGGUCCGGCUCGUCAUGGGUGAUCCUCCCGUUCAUGCUUUGGACACUACGUGUGCUUUUUUGAAAAGUCCGCGUGGUGUGCGGCAAGCUUUAUAUAUGGCUGCUGAUGAAAUGCGGACUAUCACUUCGGACAAAUGGAGUGAUGAUGUCUGGGGCGCUGCAUCGGCGCGUGAGCCUAUCGCUAAGCUGUUUUUCUAUUUUGGUCGUAAUGAUCACUGGGUAGCUGAUCAGACGAGGGAUGAGAUUGUUGCGGUGCGCGGGCGAAAGGGAGGACAAGAUGGACCGACUAUGGUUGUUUGUGAAGACGGAUUACCGCAUGCCUUUUGUUUGAAACACAGUGAUGUGAUGGCGCGAAAGGUUGCGGAGAUGAUUGGGCAAAUUGUGGCCUGA